CCGGAGGCUCCGCAGUGCCGCCGCCGUCGCCCGGGAGGCUCCGCGCGGGAGCCAUGUAACCCGCGGCGGGCUCCGGGCUGCUCCGUCCUUGCCCAGCUCCCCCCCCCCCCCCCCCCCCCCCCCCCGGGCCAGCGCGGCAGCGGGGCCACGAUGAAGAAGCAGUUCAACCGCAUGCGCCAGCUGGCCAACCAGACGGUGGGCAGGGCAGAAAAGACUGAAGUUCUGAGCGAAGACCUUCUUCAGGUGGAGAAGCGCCUGGAGCUGGUGAAGCAGGUCUCCCACAGCACGCACAAGAAGCUCACUGCAUGUCUGCAGGGCCAGCAAGGCGCCGAGGCCGACAAGCGCUCUAAAAAGUUGCCUUUGACAACCCUGGCUCAGUGCUUGAUGGAGGGGUCGGCUAUCCUGGGGGAUGACACGCUUCUUGGGAAGAUGCUGAAACUCUGUGGAGAGACGGAGGACAAGCUGGCUCAGGAGCUGAUCCACUUUGAGUUGCAGGUGGAGAGAGACGUGAUCGAGCCCCUCUUUCUGCUGGCCGAGGUGGAAAUCCCAAAUAUUCAGAAACAGAGGAAACAUUUAGCAAAGUUGGUGCUGGACAUGGAUUCUUCACGAACAAGGUGGCAGCAGACUUCCAAGUCUUCAGGUCUGUCCAGCAGCUUACAGCCCGCAGGUGCCAAAGCUGACGCCCUCAGGGAAGAGAUGGAAGAGGCAGCCAACAGAGUGGAGAUUUGCAGGGACCAGCUCUCGGCGGACAUGUACAGUUUUGUGGCCAAAGAAAUCGACUAUGCAAACUACUUUCAAACGCUGAUAGAGGUGCAGGCCGAGUACCACAGGAAAUCCCUGACGCUCCUCCAGGCGGUGCUACCCCAGAUAAAAGCACAACAGGAGGCCUGGGUGGAGAAGCCUUCCUUCGGGAAGCCCCUGGAGGAGCACCUCAUGAUCAGCGGCCGCGAGAUCGCCUUCCCCAUUGAGGCCUGUGUGACGAUGCUGCUUGAAUGCGGGAUGCAGGAGGAGGGACUCUUCCGGGUGGCGCCGUCCGCCUCCAAGUUGAAGAAGCUGAAAGCCGCCCUGGACUGCUGUGUGGUGGAUGUGCAGGAGUACUCAGCAGACCCCCACGCAAUUGCAGGAGCUUUGAAAUCUUACCUCCGAGAGUUGCCAGAACCUCUUAUGACCUUUGAACUCUAUGACGAGUGGAUUCAGGCUUCCAAUAUUCAGGAGCAAGACAAGAGGCUUCAGGCGCUGUGGAAUGCUUGUGAAAAACUGCCCAAGGCCAAUCACAACAACAUCCGAUACUUGAUCAAGUUUUUAUCCAAGCUGUCAGAAUUUCAAGAUGUAAACAAGAUGACGCCCAGUAACAUGGCCAUUGUGUUAGGCCCCAACCUCCUGUGGCCGCAAGCAGAAGGGAACAUCACGGAGAUGAUGACCACGGUGUCCCUGCAGAUCGUUGGGAUCAUCGAACCCAUCAUCCAGCACGCAGACUGGUUCUUCCCUGGAGAGAUAGAGUUCAACAUCACAGGGAAUUACGGGAGUCCGGUACACGUGAACCACAACGCCAACUUUAGCUCAAUGCCCUCCCCAGACAUGGACCCCGCUGACCGGCGCCAGCCCGAGCAGAUCCGCCGGCCCCUCAGCGUCGCCACGGAUAACAUGAUGCUGGAAUUUUACAAAAAGGAUGGCCUUAGGAAAAUCCAAAGCAUGGGCGUGAGGGUCAUGGACACGUCCUGGGUGGCUCGUCGAGGCUCGUCGGCCGGCCGGAAGGCGUCCUGCGCCCCGCCCACCAUGCAGCCCCCCGCGCCGCCGCCCGCCGAGCUGGCUGCUGCGCCUCUGCCUUCGCCGCUCCCGGAGCAGCCCCCGGACGGCCCCGCGGUGGCGGCCGCCCCCUCGCUUCCGCCGUCGGGCUUGGGGCUCCAGCCCGGCCCCGAGCGCAUCAGCGCUUCAAAAACCAAGGAGCUUUCUCCGGGAUCUGGGCAGAAAGGAAGUCCCGGCUCUGGCCAGGGGACACCGUGCACGGGGACCCAGCCGGGGCCCCCCCUGAGUGCCAGCCCCAGCCAGCCGCCCCCAGACCAGAGCCCUCACACUCUUCGGAAAGUUUCCAAGAAGCUGGCACCCAUCCCGCCCAAGGUCCCCUUCGGCCAGCCGGCGGCCGUGACUGACCUCUCUGCCUGCCAGCCGUCCCCGCUCAGCCUGUCGCCCACGCCCCCGAGCACCCCUUCACCCUACGGACUGAGUUACCCUCAGGGGUACUCCCUGGCCUCGGGCCAGCUCUCCCCGGCCGCCGCAGCGCCCCCCCUGACCUCUCCCGCCGGCUUCGCGACCGCCGCGGCCAAAUCGCGGCCCACUCCCAAGCCCCGACAGAGACCCACGCUGCCGCCCCCCCAGCCUCCGACGGUCAGCCUGCCGGGCCCGAGUCCACAGUCCACGGAACACCCCGUGCUCGACGGCAUGGCCCCCGGGGAGAGCAUGUCCACAGAUCUCGUCCACUUUGACAUCCCCUCCAUCCACGUGGAGCUCGGGCCGCCGCUGCGCCUGAGCCCCCUGGAGCACGCGCGGCGACACUCGGUGACAGAGAAGAGGGACUCGGAGGAGGAGUCGGAGAGCACCGCCCUCUGACCCGCGCAGGCCCCGCCCACCCCGGAGCGCCCCCGGGGCUCGCGGCUGUGCGGCCCCCGCCCGCGCGAGGCUGAGGCUGGAGUCGUGCUGCACGGUCCCCUCUGGCCUGCGCGGGCCGUGUUGGUGCGAGUUCGUUUGUUCCCUGGGGCGGUGCCUUUGGCCUUUCGUUUGAUCUCUGCCUUUUUGACUUUGUGCCUAUUUUGACCCACUCUCAGCCUCCACACCCAGGGGCACCCCCUCCACCGUGCGGUUGUGCGUCAGAAAGGUCGUUUGCGGCUGGGGGUGGGGGGGGGGGCCGGUUCCACCUGCGGUUGCCCCCAGGCUCUGACAGCUGGAGGGGGGGGUGUCUCCCCACCGUCAGCCCAGUGACUGCUGGGGGGCAGAGACGGCCCGUGUACAAUCUCCGUGGCUGCCCCUGCCACGUGGGCUCCAAAGUCAAUGGCUUAAAACAAAAUUUGCUUCCCUUCCUGAGGGUUUUGUUUCUCCCAACCGUGUGACCGAAGGCUCCCGUCACUACCUUCUCGUUUUCUACUGAGGACUUUCAAAGCUGAUCUUCAGGGCGCCUCCAGUCCCCCAGAAACCUCCGCGGCCGGGCAUCUCAGUGCCACACUGGGCCCCGAUGCCGGCCUCCCCUUCCCGGAGGCCCCAGGGACCAGCAAUAAUCCCGCUCACGGCAGCAGCAGCGUGGAGGGAGGGAAGGCGGCCCUCGGUGACGCGGGGUCGGGGGCACCGGGGAGCCCAGCGCCACGUGGGGAUCCAGGCAGAGAGGCUUCGGGUCAUGCAUGCCAACUCAAACGUUCCAAUUUUAUCCUUUUAAAAUAGAUGCGGUCUACCUAUACAGGCUAUAAUAUUUGUACAUAUGAAAUCUAUAUUUGUUUAAUUUGAGCCGAACUAACCCCGUGUACAGAUGUACACUGAGAAAUUUAAAAGCUUCGUUAUUUUUCCCGACACGUGUAAAGUAACCUUCCCCGAGGGUGGGAUUUUGCCACCUUUUGAUGUUCACAGCCUCGCUCGCUCCUGGCACGGACGGACGGUUCAGGACCCGACUUGUUAACGGAGCCCAGGGGUUGAAAGUUACCUUUAAAUACAUGUACAAAUAGUUGUCCAAAGUAAUGUUAUUAAAAUAGAUUUAUUAUCCCUGA